GGUAGAGGACCAUACCAAUUAGGUAUAGCGCGGUUCGUUGCCUCAGGCACUACCACAAUGGCCUGAGCUUGCUGAGGUAAUCAGUGAGCUUCGUUUCACCUCGUUCCGUAACAGGAAACCUCCAAUCGAUAAAUUCACCAGAUUCCGUUUAUCAUAAAUCCAUUUUCACUCCCUUGUGCUCUACAGUCACCACCAGACCAAACUAUUGCGACUUCAGCACUCGGCUGCUUCAGUCUGGGACUCAAGUCCAAUUACUCCAUUUUCCAGUUACGUACUUGAAUGUUCAAACUACACUAGCGUUGAAACCUAACACCCCACAACGGCAUCUUCCCCCCGUCUAUUCGUUAACGAUUCAAUCCCUUUUUUACAGAUCCAUCUAUUCACGCCUCACCUCGUUGUUAAGAAUGGUUUUAGGACGGGGACCGCGAGAUAGACAGCUUGCAGCAGCUGAAAGGAGGAAGGCAUAUAAGGCAAAAAUCAAGGCACAAAGGAAAAAGAAAGACAAGCACAGGAGGUACAAGACCGAAGCACUAGAGCGCAAAGUGAAGGAAGCCACAGAUAAUCUUAUACUCAAUUCGCAAAUCCAACAACAGAAUCCAAACGUUGGGUUCCAGACAACUACCAACCGUGGAAGUGCUGGACUUACCAAAUGUCCCACAGUAGGGGAGGUAAAUGUCGUUCAAACUGUCUUUGAGAGGCGUGAAGGGACUGUUGACGAUUGGGGGGUUGGCAAGAUCACUGCUGUCCAGAGAAAGCAAUCAAUUCAGAACAGUGGAAUCAGCAGUUCUCAGGCGAAGCAAGUUCUUGGAAAACUACUUCCCGAACUGGAAGACCUUGUCAUCGAACCCUCCUCAAAGCAUCGUGUUUGGACUCUCGAUUGCAAUAACCUUGCGAGAUACUGUCCUCUGGACUAUGGAAGAGUCAAGACACCCCCAGGCGCGCUGGGCACGCUAGACUGUUUGCCAGUAGAAGUUCUGACCAAUAUUGUCACCUUCAUGGACAUUCCAACAGUCGUUCGUUUCAAAUCUCUCAGCACGUUCGCUCGCGAUGUCGUGCUGUCAAUGCUAGAACACAAGACCACCUUUAGCCUUGGGCCCCUCGACCGGCUUCCGGAUCAAAUUUUUGCCAAGAUAUUCAACAGCAUCACGAUCGAUUCCGUAAUGUCAUUCAGACUCGUCAACAAAAAGGCCAGGGAGAAAGUCGAUGAACUGCGAAAGUUUCAUGAUCUGGUCACCAAAGCUCCAGACGUGCUUCGCAGCAUCCAAAGCCUCAAACUUGGAAAGCUAUACACUCUCCUCACCUUAGCCAGUACCCUACGCCGAAGGUAUUGCGAGAUCUGCGGAGAUGCGGCCGGAUAUAUAUACCUGUUGAGGAACACUAGAGUUUGCUUCCUUUGCUUCACGCAUGACAUGCGGUUUCUGCCACUAUUCGAGCCGAACCUGAGAGAUCUCGGGAUACCCUGGGAAUCGAUGAAACACCUUCCACAUUGCACUUCCAUCCCCGGAAAGUACUCUCAGGGAAAGAAGCGGUGCUGCAAAACCCAGCUCUUUGACGCCGUAGCUGCGCAGAGGGAUGCCUACUGGCGGAGGGACCGAUCCGCGCACUCUCAACCCAAGGAACACAAUAGAAAGUACCUCAAACAGAAGAUUCGGCUUAAUGAAUUGAGCGAUGCAUGGACACGCAUGGACAGAGGACUGAAAAAGGGACAUUCGAAUGAUGGGUAUGCUUUCAACCCACGACGAUUCAUGGGCGUCGUUCGCGCACCCUGGUUUAUGCGGGCUGACAGCAUGGCCUCAUGGGGCAUCCAUUGUGUAGGCUGUCAGAACGAAGGACGGUCGCGGUCAAGCGGGAUGCACUGGCGGAGGCUGUUCACCCCAGCAACCUUCGCCAAGCAUAUCGAGGAAUGCGGACCAGUGCUAUCAUGGACGGACGGUCGGCUCAUGUUUGCAAGACACCAGAAUCUGAACGAGCCUGGUGAAGCGGAGCGGUUGCUGGAUGCUGAUGUUCGAAAACGGACAGGUCUCUCGCUCAAGGAGAGAGCUCGAAGAGUGCAGACGGACGUAGAAUUAGAGGGACCCAUUGGAAGCACCGGCUCUGCUGGACUAAACGACAAUAUCGAUGAGGAAGACGGUGAACUUGAGAGGCGAAGGCAUGCACUUUUGCAGAUGAUUGGGGUCAGUGAUGAUGAUUGAGGAAAUGGAACAGAAUACACGCAUUGCCAGAUGAUGGUUGGGGUCGGGAGUCAGGACUCAGGACCUUAGGCUUGUGGUGGACCCCGUUCUGGCUUGGAGAUGAUUCGACGGAUUUGUGCCAAGGCUGAUAUUACUGGUUGUGUGGAGUAGAGCGGCAAUCCGAUCAUUGUAAAAUACAGCGGAGGAGAGCCGACGGGCUUUGCAACCUCAUUCUUAGAAUCCCAUGUU